AAGGGGCUACGUACGAACGGCUAAGAUGUCGAAGGAGGCUUCGACGCAUAUUAUUAGAAAAUUCAUCAUUGACGUAAUAUUAAUAGGAAUAUUGACCGCUGGUAUAUAUAUAACACAGUCAGUAUGGGUGAAGUUCGAGCGAGGUUUCUUUUGCGGAGACGAAACUCUUAUGUUCCCUUACAAGGAUGAUACUGUAACCGUUCCUGUGCUCAGGAUAGUUGGCCUAGGAUUGCCUAUAUUUGCUUUCCUAGUCUGCGAGUGGAUAUUGCUACGCAAAGAGACGGACAACAAACGGGUACUGCGAGUAUACAUACCGGCGUGGGUCCGUGGCUUUUAUUGCCCUCUGGCAUCAUUCGCUUAUGGUGCCUGCUUCAUCGAACUAAUCACUAAUAUUGCCAAGAACGUAAUUGGAAGACCGAGGCCACAUUUCUUUGAUCUAUGCAAACCCUCAGUCGACUGCAGUUCAGAAGCAUGGCAGAAGCGUUAUAUACAGCCAAAUGAGUAUAAAUGCUUAGGAGAAAAUACAGAGAAGUUCACAGACAUGCACAUGUCGUUUCUCAGCGGACACUCAUCUUGGGCUGCCUUCACCAUGUUCUAUUUGGCUUUUUACUUAGAGAAAAGAAUGGUGUGGCGUGGGACUCGUGUAUUGCGUCACACCCUACAGUUCGCAGCUGUCAUGCUGAGCUGGUUCACGGCUCUCUCAAGAGUUUCAGACUUCAAGCAUCAUUGGAGCGACGUUCUUGCGGGCUACUUCGUUGGACUAACACUUGCUGUGCUCGUGUGGAUAUGGGGAACAGACAUCUUUGAACCGAAAAAAGAACACAAAGCCAUUCUACAGCAAGACUUAGCCCCUUUGCAAGACAUCAAGACUUACGAAAUCGAGCAUCAGUGAAAUUUUUAUACAUAUUGAAGUGAUUUUUUGCUUGAUUAUUGCUAAGAGCUUGAAGAAUCUACAUUUAAAUAAUAUUGUGUAGUUUCUGUGCUUAUAUUCUAUGCGCGAUGUAUACCAAAUCUUUUAAGGAUCUCAAUAAAUUUAAAAUUAAUUAUAUAAAAAGCGCCUGUAGAAAUAUUUUUAGCAAAUUGCUUUUAUUUAUUCUUUAAAAAAAAUCUCUCUUAUUUAUGACAAUGUAUUACGAAGUAUUUAUAAAACUGUUAACGUAUAUCACAAUAAUAUACAUUUUUUUUUUGUUUUAUAAACACUGUAAAUAAUGAAAUUCUAUUUAAUAUCAGAUUUUCCUUUUAAGUUACAAUAAGUUUUGAGUUUACUCAGUAUUCUCAGCUAUUUAAAUUCAUUUAAAAUUACUAAAUAUAAUAAAUUAAUAUAAGUUAGAAAAAUAUAACUUUUACUUCAUGCUACUUUGGCCACCCGUUGAUGUCUUUUGUAUAACAUUUUUAAAAAUAUACUGAUGAAAGGCGUAAAA